CCAGCCUCACGUCGGUCCGACGCCUCCGGGCCCAUCAGCUGCUGUCUCCCCCAAGAUCAAUCCGAACGGUUAUGCAAUCGCUUUCACCUUAUCGAUUAUUUGGGAUGUGUAGUCAUGCGCGUCAACUUUGCCAGCGUCAGACCCGAGCGCCGGGACUACACGUCCCAGCAGGCGCCGCGGCUCGCCGCUUCGCGAGUUACACGCCGUACUUCGGUCUACUUGAAAACCCGUCCGUGAUUCGGUUCAUUAAUAAAUGAAGAGUUCGGUGUCAUGGCGGAAGCCGCGGCGUGUCCCGCUUUCCAGCUCGGAAGACCCCGCUACGACCAGGCUUCGUUCCUCGGCCGUCUGAGACACUUCGUCGACAUCAUUGACCCCAGCACCCUGUUCGUGUCUGAGAAAAAGUUGAAAGAAUGCAUCAAACUCCUGGAUGACCACAAACGCGGCAACCUCCCACCUGGAGUGUCUGAUCACCAGCUGUGGGAGGCUCAGAAGAUCAAGCAGGCCAUCAUUCACCCCGACACAGGAGAGAAGAUCUUCAUGCCAUUUCGAAUGUCAGGUUAUGUGCCGUUCGGAACACCGAUUGUCAUUGGCCUUCUGCUCCCCAAUCAGACUGUGGUGUCUACCAUUAUAUGGCAGUGGUUGAACCAGAGCCAUAAUGCCUGUGUGAACUACGCCAACCGCAACGCCACAAAGCCUACGCCCACAUCCAGGUUCCUUCAAGGUUACGUGGGCGCUGUGACCAGCGCUGUCUCCAUUGCAGUGGGACUGAACGUGCUGAUCCAGAAAGCCAACAGGCUGAGCCCUGCCACCAGAAUGAUAAUACAGAGAUUUGUCCCGUUCCCAGCCGUGGCGAGUGCAAACAUCUGCAACGUGGCUCUGAUGAGACACAACGAGUUGUCUGAAGGCGUCGACGUGCUGGACGACAACGGGAAUGUGGUGGGAUCCUCUAAGAUCGCAGCGAGACAUGCCAUCAUGGAGACGGCGUUCACACGCGUGGUCCUGCCCAUGCCCAUCUUCGUGCUGCCCCCCAUCGUCAUGUCCUACCUAGAGAGGCUGCGCUUCCUGCGGAGCAACCGCAGACUGCUGCUGCCCAUCCACAGCCUCGUGUGCCUCGUCACGUUCGGCCUCUCCCUGCCCGUGGCCAUCAGCCUGUUCCCCCAGAUGUCCCAGAUCGACGUGUCUUGUCUUGAGCCGGAGAUUGCCAUGGCAACAGAAUGCAAAAUGGUGACCUACAACAAGGGUUUAUGAUGAAUAGAGGGGUGAGGACUGGGGGGGGGGGGGGCAUCUGUACGGUUGGGAAUAGACUACUAACGCAGGGUUUCUCGUUUUGUUCAUAGUUCUAAUGAUUCUAGCAAAUAUUAAAUGACGGGUUCUGUAGCGCUGUAAAUAAAAAGAUGUUUACUGUAAGAUUAAUUAAGUACUUAGGUUGGUUAUAUAUACAAACAGUGUUUCCCAAUAACGUGUGCAUAUGUAGGUAUGCAUAGGGUGGAGGUGAAAAUCCAAAGUCUGUUAAGGUCCAGACUGUGAACCUGUGUUUACCAGGUUUGUUAUUCAGUGAAAACAGCUGGCAGCUGUAGCCACAUCUGUGUGACUGAAUCUGCCUGGUUCAUCACAUUUUAGCUCAUGCUGCUUUAACAUUUUAUGGUGGAGACUGAAGAGUGAGGAUCACUGUCUGCUCUGUCAUCAGGUACCUUUAUACCCACGUGAUGACAAAGACAGGAUGUGGCAGUCUUUGUGACUUUAUAGACUUUACCAAUAAACAAUCAGUCUAAUACACUGCAGGUAUUUUACCCAAAUAAUGUGAAACACGUACAGUAGCCAGGUUCUGAUCUUUUUAACUUUUCUUACUGAGUCACAUAAUGUUUAUAAACCACUACCUGAUUCCUUAUAAACUAAUUGUUCUGUACAUCAAUAACUGGAUAUAGCCUAUAUAUUGUACUAUGAUUAUAAACAGUGUUUUUAAUUCUUUGUAUAAUACUUGCAACUAGUAGAUUUGUCAAAUGUUUACUUAUAUAAAUUUUGUCUGUUCUAUGUAAAAUGUAUAAUAAACACUAUCAAAAUGUG